CUGCGCAGAUAGCGCAUGCUCGUACCGCAAUGUGCUCUUACUGUCGUAUUACUUCAAACAGAGUUUAACUUUUUACCGUGCCAUUAUUUAAAAAGUUAAAAUUAUCUUAAAAUUCGCGCAGGUCGUUGCAUAGAUAGUUACAGUCUAAAGUCGUGGUUAAUCAAGUCUUCUUCAGUGAUAUCUAAAAGUGUUUUUGACGUCAGACUGUUAAGGUUAGUUUGUGUAAGUUAGUUAUGUCAGGUCCAGAACUGCUGUUAGACUCCAAUAUUCGACUGUGGGUCGUGUUGCCCAUAGUCUUCAUCACGUUCUUAGUUGGCGUCCUGCGUCAUUACGUCACUAAGCUUCUUCAAAGUGAGAAGAAAGUGGAUCUGCAGCAGUUGUCUGACAGCCAGGUGUUACUACGCAGCCGCAUACUGAGAGAAAAUGGAAAGUAUCUUCCCAAGCAGUCAUUUGCCAUGAGAAAACACUAUUUCAACAACCCAGAGACUGGAUUCUUCAAGAAGGUCAAAAGAAAGGUGAUUCCCAAAAACCCCAUGACAGAUACCAGCAUGGUAACAGACAUGAUGAAAGGUAAUCUGACCAAUGUGCUGCCAAUGAUUCUGAUUGGAGGAUGGAUCAACUGGGCCUUUUCUGGUUUUGUCACAACUAAAGUCCCGUUUCCAUUGACUCUCCGAUUUAAGCCGAUGUUGCAGCGAGGUAUUGAGCUGCUAUCGCUGGAUGCCUCCUGGGUGAGUUCAGCUUCCUGGUAUUUUCUCAAUGUCUUUGGACUCAGAAGCAUGUACACUCUUAUUCUUGGACAAGAUAAUGCUGCAGAUCAGUCAAGAAUUAUGCAGGAUCAAAUGACCGGGGCAGCAAUGGCGAUGCCUCCUGAUCCUAAUAAAGCUUUUAAGAGUGAAUGGGAAGCCCUGGAGAUUGUGGAGCACAAAUGGGCCCUAGAAAACGUUGAGGAGGAACUUAUGUGUCGAGAUCUGAACUUUAGAGGACUCUUCAGCCAAGACUUUGAAACAAUGUUCUGAUGUCUGCCUGAUGGCUUAUGUGAUCACAUUGUUGAGAUUAUUGAUUCAACUGUUGCUGCUUUAAAGCAUUGAUGUGAAUGAUGCUUAUAAUAAUCUUAUGAAGAAAGUGUUAUAAAGAGAGUCAAAAGAUAGCAUGCAUACAUGAUGCCACAAAUGUUUACCGUAAGGACUAAACAUAUUUCAUAUUAGAAUAACUUGUUUAGUUUUGACAAAAGUAUGUUAACAGAGAUUUUGUUUGUGUGUCUAAAUAAUAUUUAUGUGUGAAUUGAUGCCUUGUUUCUGGAAAGUUUAUAAAACAGCAUGGUUUUUUCAUUAUACAGUUGCUGUGUGGCUGUAAACCAGUAGACGUCUAUUUUGGGUUUUUCACAAUCAGUUAUUUAAUAAAAACCUGUCGUUCAGAUGCA